AUGAACCGGGGCCUUCCCUUACUUGCUGAGUGCAAUAUCCGCCUUAGCAGGGACAUUGAUCCUUCAAUCCGAAAUUUGGCCCACCGAGUGGCAGAACAAUCCACGGGCCAUUCAAUAAAUGUUGCUACCAAACCACAUACUCCAUUCCCCUUUCUAUCUUUACCCGCUGAAUUACGACUCCGGGUCCUCCAGCAUACAAAUCUCGUCACGCCAUAUCAUCAAGUUGACUGGAAUCCCCGUCAUGGAUAUUACUUGCACUAUGGUGUGAGAGGCUGCAACUGGAAUUGCGAUCCUGAUGAUCACCAUGGGUGCCAGUUUCGAAAAUGCUGGAAAAACCCUGAUGGUCAUGGGUGUUUUUGUUCUCGAUACCAUUCCGCUUUCUCAAAACAUUGUCGGUGCUGGCGCCCGCCUAGCCCUCUGUUUCUUGUCAGCAAGGCCUUACGGGACGAUGCGCAAGAAGUGUUUUUCACGCAGAAUCGGUUCAUCAUUUCUCCGGUUGAUGGGUAUGGUGAGCCUCCAAAAACAGUUCUGGAGCGCUUUGAAGCAUCUAUUUUCUUGCAGGAUAUUAUUCCUGCACAUUUCUUACCCCGCCUAAGAUUCUUGGAAUUUGUAUUUCCACCAUUGGAUGAAGAGUAUCUCUCACCACGAUGCUCAGCACUCCAUGAUUGGGAUAAUACAAUAGAUAACAUUAUGAAAAAGCUGGACCAUCCCAACUUGAAACUGCGCGUUUACUUUGCAGACUUCUACGAUGCUAGCUAUGCCUCGCCCUUCCGCAAGAAGAUUACCCGUAAAGAAGGCAUGACCAAAGUGGCUAGUGCAUAUAUGCGCAUUGUGCGCCCUCUUGAAAGAUUGAAAGCCCAUGGACUCAGUCACUUAUUCGUGCAUGCAGCCUGGCCGUGGUCGUGGACCGAAGAGGGGCGGAAUACACGCAUAUGGAAGAAACACAUUAUCGAAAAUGACGUAUCGGUUAUUGAACGGCGGCUGGAGAGAAGGGUAAUGGGAGAGGAGUAUGAUGGCGUGCGGUUGGGAAAAAAAGAGCUUGAGAAGAGCCAAUGGCUAAAAGCGCAUGAGAGGUCAGAAGAAUUUGCCUCGGUGAUUGACUAA